GGAUUUGUUAACUCCCUGAAUCAAGAAAAGUGAACUGUUUUAAGAAGAUGCCAUAAAUAAAGAAACCUACACUGCAUCAGAAGAUCUAAAGUGAAUUGUGGGAAGUAUUGAUUGAACUGAAGGGGGUUGAAUGAUUUAAUGAAUUUAAAUUUCUUAUGCCAAAGGGGAGCCUACUAGAAGAUUUUUAGAAGUAUAAGUUAGUUCAGUUUAACUGCUCCAUUGGGAAGACUAGCCUCUCAAUGGAUCACAGGAGUGAUUGUAAAAAGGAAUCUUUUAUUUGUUUUUUAAUUUAACGGGGGACCUGGAGGUCUUCUUACCAUAGAGAUGUGUAGGGAUUAACCAGCUCACAGUGACAGGAAGGAGAAACCAUAGAGACAGGAAGGAGGAAUCAAAGACAUAGGAAGUAAGGUAGGAGAAGAUUGGAGGUUGGUUGCUGGUGGUGUGGGUUGGCAUUUAGUUGCUGGAAUAUAAAGGCAUGCUGGAGUUUACUGAGAGGGUUUUGGCUUUAGCCUUUAGAGGGCUUUUUGCCUUUUGGGUUUUUGGCCUUUGGUUUGGUCUGUUAGGGUUUUUUUCUUUUCCUGGAACUUUUUGGAAGGUGGCUAGUCUUCAUUCAAAGACCUAAUUGGGGUUGGAUUAAACACUGAUUGGGUUGGUUUUGAUUGGGCUGGAUUGGAUUGGGACUUUUUGGGGUGGUUGUUAUUAGUGGUUAUUAUAGUUAGUUUUAGAUAGUAAUUAUAGGCAGUUAUAGGAUAACUAGUAUAGACAUUAGGAAAUUUCUUUCUCUACCUCUUUCCUAUAUUUUCCUCCUUUACUAUAUUCUUUACUAUCUCUGUUUUAAUUACACUAAAUUGUUAAUUCUUAAAAGCUGCUAGGAGUUUUCUUUUCUCUGGAUUAAAAAGAUAACAUUAAUUUAAAACUCUACUAUAUUCUCAUUAAAACUUAAUUUAUUAAACGCUGCUCUCUUAUUUUGUGAAAACCCCUAUUUUAACCCAGUAAUCAAUAUGAUUGUGCUAUACAGUAUCUAUUUUUCCUUAUCAGGACCCUUUACAGUAACCAUUCUGUAAUUUCUAGUGGUGAUGACCUAAUCCUGAAUUACCAUCAUAAACCUUUACAUUUCUGAUAUUAUUGAACUAUUGUGAUUGCCUUGAGGUCUUCCCAGACAACAUGCAAAUAGGAUUGACUUAUGAUCAUAGGGAUCAUAGGAUAUAGAACCAGAAGGGACCAUAGAGAUCAUCUAGUUCAAUUCUCUUAUUUUAUGGAGUAGAAAAUUGAGACCCAAAAGGGAAAAGUAGCUUGUCUCAUGGUCACACAUGUGGUAGAAGUGCCUGGAUUCAAUCUAGGCUCCACUGGCUCAAAAUCCAGUGAUCCAGAUACUUUGCCACUGUCCAUAAAGAGACCAAAACAUGUACUGGUAGCUAAAAAUAAUACCCCAAAAUGGAAUUAGGAAGCAAAUUUUUAUUCUUGCAGGUGAUUAUAGAUCAAUUAUACUUUCCUGAGUCCUAAAGCCUCUCAUAGAAACAAGUCACAGAUGUUUAGUUUUGGGCUAUACUGGCUAUUGGGCAGUUAGGUGGCACACUGAUUACAGUGCCAGCCGUUGAGACAGGAUGUCCUGGGUUCAAAUUUGACCUCAGAAUCUUCCUAGCUGUGUGGGCAAGUCACUUAACCUCCAUUGCCCAGCCUUUACCUCUUUUCUGCCUUGGAAACAAUAUUUAGUAUCCAUUCUAAGACUGAAGACAAGUGUUUUAAGGAAACCAUUAGAAGGUCAGAUAGAAGUUCUCUGCUGCUAUAUCCUCUUAGCUACUGGGACAGCAACUCUUCAGGAUCUGAAAUGCGGCUAAAAAGAAGUCCACAUUUGAGAAAGGGUCCAUCCUGGAGAAAACAAAGGUCUAGCUAUGGUUGAGGUUGGUGGGGAGAGCAGUUUUCUUUUAUUUCCCUGCCAUUUCCAAGCCAUUCUGCUUGCACUUUGGCCUUCUGUUAGCAUUAGAAUUCGUGUCUUUGUGGCUCUGAGCUCUGCCUGGCAAGCUUACUUCUAAUCUAGCCUGGUCCAGGCUCCAUACUUUUUGGCCACCACUUUACCCCUUACAUGGUACUCUCUUCUCUUCUUUCCCACUUUUCACUUUCAACUUCCACUUAUGUGUGGCCUUCUAAUAUCAUGUAAACUCCUUGAGGGCAAGAAUCAUCUCCUUCCUUUAGCACAAGAGCUUAAUAUAAUGCCUCGAGUAUUAUAUAAGUGCUUAUUUCACUUUUUACUUCACUCAUUACUUCGUUGUUCAGUCCAGUUCAAGUCUUCCUGAUUCAGGGGACCAUACUUCCCCGGGGAAAGGACUGGGAUCCUGUUUUCUGCCUUUGAUAGGACAGAGGAGCCUGGGAACAGGUGCUCAGCAUUAUUCAAGUAUAUUAACUUGAAGAGAAAUGUAAACUCAGAGUAGGGAGCGAAACACUAAAACUACAAGUCCCAGAAACCUCAGGGUGUGGGAGGAAACUGGCCCUAGAAAUCAGACAGCCUGUCAUCAAUAAAGAACCAAGUGUACACUGUCACUUUGGUAUAUACUGUGACUUUGGGCGGAAGAGCAGAGAGGUGGUGCGUCUCAAUAUUUCGCGCCUCCGGAGAUGGGUCUGAAAGAAAGUCACAGAAGAUUUGUUCUUUCAGCCCCGUCAGCAUUGGCUUGGCUUGUCCGGGGUGCGUGCUGGUCCUCCCUCCUUCUCAGCUGCUUUUAGUACAGGAACUGAGAGGUACCCAUCCCCCAAGCCCACAGGAAGUUCCUCAUUGCAGAUAAGAGUGACCUUUUCACCAGCGCUCCCUGAAAUUGUUACUUUUUCUUUAAUUGGCUGGACUCUCCCAGAACCUUUCCGUUUUCCUGGGUGGAGAGUAGCGAGACUGAGAUGACUCAGGAAAAGUGUUGCUACUCUAUUAGGCUGAGUACGCUCCUGAGGUUCCGGGAAUAUGGACAUUAGAGAAUACUUUGCAAGGAUCGGCUAUAAUCGUUCCAAUGAGAAGCUGGAUUUAGAGACAUUGACUGAAGUGAUGUGGCAUCAUGUUCAAGCAGUGCCCUUUGAGAACCUGGACAUUCACUGUGGAAUACCCAUAGAACUAAACUUAGAGGCCACAUAUGACAAGAUUGUGAGGAGGAAGAGAGGUGGGUGGUGUCUAGAAGGAAAUCACCUUCUCUUUUGGGUCUUGACUACAAUGGGGUAUGAGACCAUAAUUUUAGGGGGAAAUGUUUAUAAUUCCUUAAAAAGGCAGUAUAGCACUAUGGUUCAUCUGCUCCUAAAAGUCACAAUAGGUGAGAAAGCCUAUAUAGUGGAUGGGGCAUUUGGCCGUUCUCACCAAAUAUGGCAGCCAAUGGAACUGGUUUCUGGAAAGGAUCAACCUCAGAUUCCUUGCAUUUUUCGUUUAAAAGAAGAGAAUGGAAUCUGGUACUUGGAUCAAAUAAGACGGAAACAAUUUAUUCCAAACCCAGAAUUUCAUAACUCUGAUCUCUUAGAAAAAAAUGAAUUUUGUCAUAUCUACUCUUUCACUCUUCAGUCACAUACAAUAGAAGAAUUUAUGUCUGCAAAUACCUACCUUCAGAAUUCCCCCCAGUCUGUGUUUACAAGUAAGUCUUUCUGUUCUCUGCAGACAGUAGAUGGAGUUUAUUGUUUAGUUGGCUGGACUCUUACUCACAGAAGAUUCAAUUACAAGGAAAACAUGGAUUUGGUGGAGUUUAAGAUUCUGAAGGAUGAAGAUAUUGAGAAGACCCUGAAGGACAUAUUCAAUAUUUCCCUCGACAAAAAGCUUGUCCCAAAGCACGGUGAUAGAUUUUUUACUGUUUAGUAAGAGAAAAUACAGUAGCACUUGGGGUGAUGAAACAGAUGCAACUUGACAAUGAAGUUUUCAAAACAUUAUUUUAUUGAUAAAUUUUGUAUAUUUUGAGGUAAAAAAAAUGCUUUACAACAACAACAACAAAACUUUCCUCACCUUGACUUCCACAAAGAAUUUCUUCAAAACAGUUAAGCAAAAUUGUGUAUUAUUAGAGUGUAACUGAAAUUUCAGAGUAUAUUGGAAGUAUAUUGGAAAAGUCUUUAGACCCUGGAAUGCCAAAGCCUUUAAUGAUUAAUUCCUGAAAUUUAGAUGGGCUGGAGAAUCAUAGGAUUUGGAAGUAAAAAAAAAAUCUCACUGGCCAGCUAGUCUAAUCCAUAUACAAAAGGAAUCUCCAUUAGGACAUACUUGAGAAGUAGUUCAGUUCUCUUGAAGACCUCCAAAUUCUUUACAUAUUUUAGUUAUGAAACCUCUACUAAGAAACUAUCUAUAAAUUUUCCCUCAAAUUUUCUGCUCUCCUUCUAAUUCUGACUAUAUUAGUUUUGUUUGUAUAAAAACCUCUUAGUGUAAUGUUACCCAUUUUAUGUCUCACAAUGCUUUCUAUCUCUCUUUAUUCAUAAACUCUUCUCCUAUCUAUAGAUCUGAUUGGUAAUAUAUAUAUAUAGUCCCUGAUCUUCUAAUAUGCUUAUGAUAUCUUUUAUGUUAGGUCAUGCAUCCAUUUUGAUCUUAUCUUGGUAAAUGUUUUAAGAUAUUGGUCUAUAUCUACUUUCUACUAGACUGCUUUCUAAUCUUCCCAACAAUUUUUACCAAAGAGUGAAUUCUUAUCCCCAAAGCUUGGAUCUUUACUUUUAUCAAACACAAGGUUAAUCUUUUAUGAGUGUUUGUUGUAUAUUUGUUCUAUUCUACUGAUAAACUUUUCUUUUUCUUAAGCCAGUGUCAAAUAGAUUUGAUAAUUUCUACUUCAUAAUACAGUUUAAAAUCUGAUAGUGCUAGACCUCCUUUCUUUACAUUUUUCCAUUAAUUUCUUUGAUAUUCUUGACUUUUUGUUCUUCCAAAUGAAUUUUAUUAUUUUAAUUCAAUAAAAUAAUUAUGUCAAAUUUAGAAUGCCUAUUUUCCAAUAGACAAAUGGUCAAAAGUUAUGAACAGUUUUUGGACAGAGAAAUCAAAGUGAUAUAUAACCAUAUGAAAAAUGCCCUAAAUUGUUACUAGAGAAAUGCAAAUCAAAAAAAACUGAGAUAUCAUCUUAUACCUCUUAGAUGGACUCAAAUGAUCAAAGGGCAAAAUGACAUGCUGGAGGGGAUUUGGAAAAAUGGGGACACUAAUAUACUGUGGGUGGAACUGAUCUGAGCAUUUUGUAGAGCAAUGUGGAAUUAUUCCCCAAAAGUUGUAAAAAUGUAUAUACUUUUUGAUUCAGCAAUACCACUAUUAGGCUUGUUUCCUAAGGUAAUCAGGGAAAAAGGAAAAGAACCUACAUGUUCUAAAAUAUUUAUAGCACCUCUCUAUAGCAAAGAACCAGAAACUGAGGGAAUGCCCAUCAAUUAGGGGAUGAUUAAACAAGUAGUGGUAUCUGAUUGUGAUGGAAUACUAUAUUAUAUACAGCUACAAUUAAUAUUUGAAGAAUGACUUGUAAAUGUCCCUCUCCAGAUAAAGAAAUGAUAAACAGAAACAUGAAGGACAUAAUUUAUAUAUAGAUUUUUUUGUCAAAUGAUACCCUUGCUAGUGCAGGAAAGGGAAGGAGGGAGAGAGAUACUUGGGACUUUUAAUAUAACCACAAAACAGAAAUAAAAACAAAUGAAUUUUAAUAAAGAUGAAAAACCUUCCCUAUGUUGACUUCCAUAAAAGUUUCCUCAAAACAACUGAGCAAAACUACCUAUUAGAGUGGCACUGAGGUAUUAAAAACCUCAUUACCAAAAGUACAUUGGAAAAGUUUUUAGAUCCAGGAAUUUCAGAGUCUCUAAUGAUUAAUUCCUAGACCUACAUGAACUGAUGUGCAGUUAAAUGAGCUGAACAAGGAGAACAUUAUAUAUACAGAGACUGUAACAUUGUGGGAAAAUCAAAUGUGAUUGACUUUGCUAAUAAUGGCAAUGAAUGCGAUGAUCCAGGACAAUCCUAAGGGACUUAUGAGAAAGAAUGCUAAAACUGUGGGAGUAGAAAUCCAGAAGAAAACAUGUGAUUUCUCACUUGUUUAUUUGGGUAUAUGAUUUGGGGUUUAGGUUUUAAAGGCUUGCUCUUUUACAAAAAUGAAUAAUAUGGAAAUGGGUUCGAGGGAUAAUAUCUAUGUAUAACCCAGUGGAAUUAACUCUGGGAGGGGAGAGGGAUGAGGGGAGAGAGAAAACCUUAAUAAUGUAAUCAUGAAAAAAUUUUAAAAAUAAUAAAAUAAAUGAUGAAUUCCUGAAAUUUAGAUGUGCAGGAGGAUCACAGAAUUUAGGAGUCAGAAAAAACUUCAGUGGCCAGCUAGCCUAACUCAUACAUAGAAGUAACCUUCAUUAUCUUCAUUACAACAUACCUGACAAGUAGUCUAAGUCAAUGCUUGAAGACCUUGAAGGAUGGAGAAACUACCACCUCUUGAGGCAGCUGAUUCCAUUUUUGGACAACUUGAAUUGUUAGGAAGUUUUCCUCCCUAUAUCAACCCUGAAUUUUCCUCUUUAUGAUGUCAAUACAUGACUCCUGGGAAUUACCUUCUGGGACAAAAUGGAACAAGUUUACACGACAGGCCUUCAAAUACUUGAAGGCAGCUUUCAUGUCCUCAUAAAUCUCUUCUCCAAGUCAAAUGCCCAUUUCCUUCAACUGACUCAUAUAUCAUGGACUCACAUCCUGAUUGUCAUUUUUAUUCUUUGACUUAUCAGUGCCCUUUAUAUCCCAGUGCCCCAGAAAUGAACAUAAUAUUCCAGAUGAAGUUUGAUGAGAUCAGAACACAAUGGAACUAUCACUUUUCUUUUCUUUCUUUUUUUUUAAACCCUUACGUUCCAUCUUGGAAUCAAUACUAUGUAUUGGUUCCAAGGCAGAAGAGUGGUAAGGGCUAAGCAAUGGGGGUUAAGUGACUUGCCCAGGGUCACAGAGCUGGGAAGUAUCUGAGGCCAGAUUUUUGAACCUAGGACCUCCAGUCUCUAGGCCUGGCUCUCAAUCCACUGAGCUACCCAGCUGCCCCCUAUCACUUUUCUUCUUGGAUGCUCUUCCCUUCUUAAUGCAAUGAAAGGGUUUUUUUUGUUUUUGUUUUUGCUUUUUUGGCUGCCACAUGACACUACUGACCCAUAUUGUGCUUGCAGCUCACUAUGACUUUCAGAUAUUUUUUUUUCAGAACUAUUCUCUAUCCAUGCCUCUCCCAUCUUAUGCUUGUGAAGUUACAUAAGUGUAUUAGUUACGUAAUUACAGUAAAAUUAGUUUUUAGUUUUAUACAACAUCACAUAGUUUAUUCUAUACUAACUAUAAUUGUAGUUUAUAGUAAACUAAAGUCAGUGCUGCUUUAAUGAACUUAUAACACAUUACUAAUGUGGACCUGUGAGGUAUAUAUGCUUUAACGGGCAGAAGGACCAGCUGUGGGAGUCAGAAGGAUUCAGGUUCAAGACCUACCUCUGACACUUAUAAACUGUGCCAUCAUGGGCAAGGUUCUUAAAAUUAACUUUAUUAGGCUUUAAGUUAUAGGCAGGUUGCUGAUUUGCACAAGUGGAAUGAGUUUCUAUGAAGAAGUUUAAUUGCACUAAAGAAAUCAUGCAUUUAGACAUAUAGGAGCUAUUAGAUAUGAGUGUAAUUACAUAUUAAUGUAAGAAGAAAGAAAUUGUAGUCAAAAUCUAAUUUUUCUCAAAUUAAAAAGUAAAAGCAUGCAGAUUUUGUGUAGUUUCAGCACAUGAUAUCAAAGCAAAAAUCAGCUAUCCAGGGUAGGGAGAGGAGCCCAGAGGAAGUCCAAGCAUACAGGAAGCAAUCACUACAUCUAGCCAGCAGGAAGCAGUCAAGUGACAGGAAAAUGAGUAGAAGAGCUGAAUAAAGGGUAAUUAGGACCCCACCAAAGAUUUAUUUUGAUGUCUGAUUUGGCAGAUUCUCCCAUCCUGGAGAGGACUAAGAUGAGGUCAGAGAAGUAGAUUGUCUGUUGUUAGAGAAUGUGCCCAGCUAUGUAGAGAUAAAAGCAGUCAAUAAGUAUUAAGUGCCUGCUAAGUGUCAGACGCUGGGGAUACAAAUUCAAGCAAAAAGACAGUCCCUGCCCUCAAGGGGCUUACAUUCUACUGGAAGGAAUCACAUAAAAGGGAGAUGAAAGGUGAAGUUGAGUGUGGAGACCUGUUGGGGGGGGCAGGGUCUUGGUGGAAGAUGGUAUUAGGAUUAAUUAAGCCAUAGGGCUAAUGAGGACCAUUUGGAGUAAUUGGGAUCUUAGCAGGGUAAAGAAUAGUGGGUAAAGUUUCUUUGAGGCCAGACAGAAUCUUAGGAAGGCUGCCUGUUGGAAUUCUGGAUAGCAGGAGUCAAUUGUUUUCCCAACUGUGGGGUCUUUGAGAGGUUUUUUUUGUUUGUUUUGUUUGUUUGUUUGUUUUUUUCUCUUUAGGAGAAGGCUCGUGUUUCUAUUCCCUGGAACACUGAAAAACCCCGUGGCAAGUGAAAAAGGAGAAUAAGUUAGAAUUUCUGGAAUAAGUUUGUGGGGGAAAUCAACAGAAAAGAGAGGCAGUUUUUCCCUCUGUGUGGCAGCUCAAUUGGCCAAGCCAUUUUUGAGGCCUGCUAAGACUGAAAAGCCUAGCUAGGCCUGGAAGGGCUGGCAGUUGACAGAGAUAGUGAAUAACUGAACUGAUUUAAAGCUGAAAGAGAUCUAAAGAGACAGUAAACUUACUUAUAUAAGAAAGAGAGGCAAUUUUUUCCCCUCUGUGUGACUACAGAGUGGGCAGGGCCUUUGAGGCCUACCAAAGGCCCAGAAGCCUGACUAUGUAUUUUUAUAAAAAUCCAAGAUUUAAAAUUUUUGUUCAAGAAAGAUCUUCAAGGAAAGAAGCUUGCUAACUCCUAAAAUCCAGAGAAUGAACUGUUUGCAGAAAGAUGCCUGAAAACCCUAUAAUACAUCAAGAAGAUCCAGAAUGAACUUUGGGUGUAGUUGAUUGAACAUUUAUUUUGAAUAUAUACUCUUAUGCCAAAAGGGGACUGCCCCCUAAUUGGUUUUUGUCAAUGCGCCCAGCAAAAACAUUGGUUUUGCUUCCUCUCUUUCUUCUAUUCCCCUCUUAUCACUAUUGUAGUUUCCUCUUAGAGGGUGAAAUUUUGUAUGCACCUAUAGUUAGAAGAGGUACAAGAUGAUUAUGUUAAGUGAUCAGUUGGGGAGACUAGUCUCCCAAUCAUCAUGGGGGGGAGGAAUUGUGAAUUUUAGAUUUACUCCACCCUGCUUAGUCUUUAGAAUUUUAGCAACCAGGAAUGUAUACACCCCCACUUAAGGAUUAAGUGUGGGGGAGGAAGGUCUAUGACCCUCAUGUGCUAGCAAGUGACAAAUCAGAAACAACUGACUGACCCCCUGGGCUGUCCAAAGCCAAGUUUAAGCCACCAUUGGUACAUGUAAGAUACAGGAAGUGAUGUAAGAACUACCUUUAUAUUUCAUGUCACUUCCUGUGAGAGGGACCUUGGCAGUGGUACUUGACUUGGAGAAGCUUGAGUGUGAGACUGCUUCCCUUAGACAAUCAUGUGGUGAGUUAUAAGGCCGACUCCCCUUUCCUUGGCUUUUUUUCUGGAGGCACCAGCCUCUGAGGAGGCCCCUCAUCUUGGAAGAGGCCUUGUGGCUAGAAGCCAAGCUAGAUUUAAUCCUAGAGGGCCUCAACUCCUGCCUGUUAUCUCUCUCCCUUUCUCUCUUUCUUUCUUUCUUUCUUUCUUUCUUUCUUUCUUUCUUUCUUUCUUUCUUUCUUUCUUUCUUUCUUUCUUUCUUUCUUUCUUUCUUUCUUUCUUUCUUUCUUUCUUUCUUUCUUUCUUUCUUUCUUUCUUUCUUUCUUUCUUUCUUUCUUUCUUUCUUUCUUUCUUUCUUAAUAUCUUCUCUCUAUUAUAAAUAAAUCACCAAAAUUCCAUUCUGACUUGAGCAUUUCAUUGGGAUUUAGAAUUUAAAUCCCUGGGGACCAACUAAAAAUAUCUUUUCAGUCUCAACCCUAAAUUCUAGCCUUUACAACUAGACCAAGAAAGUAGUGGGAAUUGGAGAAGUGAUCUGAAGGGAUACAAGGAGGCAGUGAAUAAUAAUAAUUAUAAUUAUAAUAAAGAGGAGGCAGUGAAUAAUAACAACAACAAUAAUAUGUAUUAUUAUGGAUAUGGAUAAUUUUAGAAUAGGUUAUUUAGUAUAGAUUCUGGGGAAUUAGUUCAGUGAUAAGGAGUUGUAAGUUAGGCUCAGGGAAGCCUGAGCAAGAAGCAAGUUCUUGCAAACUACGGGGAAGUGGGUAAAAGCUUAGCUCCCCUUUAAGACUAGGGAAUCAAUCCUAAUCUCACCUUUGGUUACUUUUCCUCAAACCUUUUUCAAUAUUUAUUAGAUAGAAUGUUUUUUUUUACAUCUGUCUCCAGCAGUUAUCCAUUGCACAGGCCCAAACAAUUACAUGGAGUUCCCCCACUUAACAUUCCUAUUUUAACAUUCCUGGCUGUUCUUAUUUGCAACAUUCUUUUAGAUAAAUUACAAUUUAUGAUGGUAUUGAAAUCUGGAAGGUCAGAGGCAGAGUCAGAAAAGGAAUGAAGGUUGGCAUGUCUUGGUCCCUCUGAAAAAGAGGCCCCAGGGGGAACUUACCAUUGAGGAAAUGAUAGGAGCAUGGUGGAGAGAGAAUUCAGGGGGAGAAGGCCAUAGAGAAAGACGGAUAUUACAAGGUGAGAAGGCCCCAGUCACAGAGGGAAGUUCCAAACAGAAAGAGGAGCAGACAUGAAGGAAUGAAGGUGGGGAUAAAACUAUCAAAGUGAGGUAGUCUUUGCCCUCCUGGAUCUUAUAUUCUAUUAGGGAGAUCUAGCACAUAGAUGUGAAAGUGACCAAGCAUGGGAGUUUAGGUCUCAGGUGUAAUAAGGAAGGCUGGGAUAUGAACUGAAUACAAAUCCAGUGCCAUUCUAUCAAGAGGCCAUUGAGAACAAGAAAGAAAAUACAGGGAGCCUUUCUCCGACAGAGCCUUGAUCUCAAUCUAAGAAGAAACUAAGACCCAAAGGGAAGAGACUUUCCCUUGAUCACAUAUGGGUUAUGGCAAAGCCAAGAUAAAAACCUGGGUAUUCCAAGUCCCAGUGAACCAUUUAUUCCAUUUUAUCACAGGACCCUUGUGCUGUCCUGUUAGAUCAUCAUAUUUACUCACCUUAUCUAGUCCUGUCAUCUUAACAUGUUAAAAAAAAAAAAAGCUCUGGGCUCCAGCAUUGUUCUUUCCCUGCCCCAAUUAAACAGUUCAUGUGGGUCAAAUUGACCUAACGCAAAUGAUACUGAGUUGUGAAUAAUUAAUAUCCUUGAGGGAGUAGUUAUUUAUAGAACUUUUUAAUCCAGUGGCUCUUCAAUUUGUACAAGGUGUUGAGCCCACAUUCGGCACCUUAGGGCUUUCUUUCCAUAACUACAUGUGUUCUGAUAGCUAAUCCUGCUAAGAAUUUCAGGGAGGCCAUAUUGCUCAAUCAUCCUAUAAGCUCUCUCAUCCAUUUUGGCAGUGACUCAGUAAUAACAUUAGCUGACGUAAAUUGGACUUUUAGUUGGGAGGCAGCAUAUGAUACCGUAGGUCAGGGUUUGACAUCUGCCUCAGGCUCUUAUUAAUUAUAUCUACUUCCUGGCCUUAAGUUUCCUAAUCUAAAACAUGGAGAUAAUAUUAACACCUACAUCACAGGAUUGUUGUGAGAAUCAAAUGAGAGUAUGUGUAAAGCCCUUUGCAAACCUUAAAGCACUAUAAGUUAGCUAUUAACAAAGGGCUUUAAUUUUACCCCAAGUUUGCAAUAUUGAUGACCCUCAAUUCCUCACCAUCCCUUAGCUCACACUUCCAUUUUUUUGCCAAAUACUCAUACCCACUUAUGCAUCUCUCAAAUUAUUCCCCUUCUCUUGUCCCACCCAGUCCCUGCUCCAAGUUAGGCCCUCAUCACCUCUUACUUGGAUUUUUCUAAUGUCUUCUAAAUGGUUUUCCUCUUUAAAUUUCUCCCCACUUCAGUCUAUCCUACACAUAACUGCCCAAGUGCUUUCCCCCAAGCACAGUGACCACACCACUCUUCUGUUUAAUAACUCUGGUUACUCCUUAUUACCUCUGGGGUAAUCUUAGCAGUUUGGCAUUUAAAGACCUUUAGAAUUUGCUUCAAACCCUACCUCUGUCCCUCACUGUUCUAUGUUUAUUACAUACUACCCCUUUUACCUAGAACUCCAGUCUAGACAAAGGGACUUCUCAUCUUUAAGCAUUUUCACUGGCUGUCCCCACACCUGGAAUUCUCUUCCUCCUUACCUCCAUUUCCUUGUCUCUCUUGUUUCUUCCAUGUGCUAGCUAAAACUCUACCUUCUACAAGAAGCCUUUCUUAAUCCUUCUUGAUGCUUGUGCUUCCCUCUUUGUUUUAUCUUCCAUUGGUUCUAAAUUUCUUUUGCUUUUACAAAAUUAUUUGCAUGUUGUCUUUCCCAUUAGGCUGUGAGCUUGAGAGGAAGGACUGCUCUUUGCCUUUCUUGUAUCCCCAGCAUGUGGCAGUGUCUGAUACAUAGUAGUAGGCAUUUCAACACUUGUGGAUUGAUUCUGUCUCCUGUCUUCAUGCACUCCCAGCUUCACCUUUGGCUUUUGGGAUUUCUAAGACUCAGUUAAAGUGCUUCUUCCUACAUGAUGUGGCAGAGGCAUGAAGAAAGAGAGAACUUCAUGCUUGCAAAACAAAGCUGGGGACCUGAUCUGCCAAUCAAGGUGAAGAUUCCAAAUGGAAUGUUCCCAGGAAAGUCAGUUGGGGCCUGGCCAGAGAAGAGGAAGGGAGAAACUUCUUUUCUGGGGUUUGUUUUGCAGUUGCCAUUCCAAAAUGAACUGGUACUCUGGGAGGUCCUGGCUCAAGUGUAUGUGAUCCUUAUGGCUGUUCUUCAAACUCUAACCCAAAUGAAGAAGAUCUUUAGAUUUGUUGUUGUUCCCCUUAAGGCAGAUAAGAUAUUGGCUGUUGGUAACAACCUAUAUAUAAAGCAUGAUUAAGGCUGUGUUUGAGCAAAUAAUUAAGGAAAAGGGGCUAGAUCUGGUUGUGGGCAGGGACAAUGAGCAAACAGAGAAUGUACCUAAGGAAAAUAGAGAUGAAACUGAGAACAAGCCUGACUGUGACCCUGAAAAACUCUGUCCACUAAAAGAAGUCACCAAAUUAUCCAUAAUGCUGGGGUGCCACACUCCAAAGCCCAUAGACAAUUCUCAACACAGGAACUUGAAUCCAUAAAGCGACAUUUCCCAAAAUUUGUAGAGAAUCCUUUCAAGUCUGAAAAGGAGUUGAAACGAGCUUUCAGGAUCUUUGAUCCUGAUUUUGAAGAUGUCCAGUUCCUACUAUCAGAACUGUUCAGCCCCCAUGAACAGAGACAAUUCUUAGAAAAGACAAGUCUGAUAGCAAUUUAACUAGCUGGCCAACUGUGGAACAAAGGGCAGAUAUGGACUUUGCUAAUCCUACUUGCAUAUCCUACCUAAGAAAAUGCAGAAAGUACUUUCUACAAGCCAUAAAACAAUGCUGUUCAAAACCUACUGCAUGGGAUAAGUUUGACAAGAUCAUGUAGGAUAAAGGGGAACAUCCUGCUACAUACAUAGACCAUCUGUCAGAGAUGGCAGAUUCAAUCUUAGGUCUAGAAGCCGAUAGCAAGGAAUUUGCUAGCCACGUUUGUAGGCAAUUUCUAAGGCGUUGCACUCCUAAUUUGAACAUUUUUUUCAAACACUAUUUCCCCAAGUAUGAUUCAGUCUCUCUGAUUGAAUUGUGUGAGGCAGCAUCUUACCUACAUGAGAAUAAUUCAGAACAAGGUAAACACGUUCAGGACUUAAAAGAAAGUUGUAAAUGACAGAGAAUAAUCUUAAACAAAAGGAGAUUGAUGAAAUCAAAAGACUGAACACGGUGAGGACUUACACUACAUCUAGUUACAGGAAACCUAGUUAUAAGGUACAACCAGUGCAGAGAGAAACUAGGGAAUGUUUCUUUUGUCACAGGAAAGGCCAUUUGAUUAGAAAUUGUUUUUUAAAGAAGAAACAUGAGAUUAAUAACAAGAACACACAAAAUACACAAAGAAGUCUACUUGUUGUUCACAUUGCAAAUUAAAGCCCUCACAGCAAGCUCUGGACUUGCAUGAAAUGCAAAAUGCAAUUAACUCUGGAGCAAAACCCAAGUACUCUAAUAUUGUUAGGAAAGAGUUGUGAAGCCAGGCCCAUAGGAUAUUUGGUGUGACUAAUGGAGAUAGAAGGAAUAGUGAGAAUGAGGCUGCAGUUGAAAAUAGCAGAAAAAAGUUGGGAAAUAGUGAAAAUUCAGUGCAAGAAAGUGAAUCUGUGAAUGAUAGUACAUGCAAUAAAGUAAGAGAAAGGCAGAGACAGAUUAAGAGACAGAAAUAGAAAUAAAAGGAAUUCUUUCAGACAUUGCAAGUGAGAUAAGAGACUUUGAUAAAAACUGCAUACUAACCAUACAGGAAAGAAGUCUUAAGGAAAUAAAAUCAUUCCUAGAGGACUUUUUUCCAGUGUAGAGUGAAUAAUGGAAUUGAAUUGUGCAAGAGGGGAAGAGUCACAAGAACUCAAGAAAAAGUGUGUGGCAGAUACAGACACAUAAUUUCAAUUCCCUAAGGUUACUGUUGCUAAAGAUGACAAUGCUUUAAAAACAUUCACAGAUGACCUCCCACCAAACUUAGUUAAUUCUGUAAAUAGCUUUAUAGCACAGGUACCCAUAGAAAAUACAUCUACUUUGAAUCCAGAAGCUGAAACUUUCCAUUCAGUAAUGAGUGAUAUAGAUAAGGAAAAAUUAACUGAAAAUGGAGCUGCCAUUACUUUUGAAAACACUAGUCCCAUUCAAAGUAGUAGAGGUGACAUGACAGUUAAAUUUGAAUAUAGGGAUGGAAUGGAAUUCUUUCCAACUGGAAAAACUACCAUGGAUUCAAAAGGCAGGCUUAAAGCCAACAUUCUAAGGGGCAGAGGGAUAUCUGGCCAAAGCAACAUCUGUGAUUUAGGUUCAUAUUCCACUGUAGUAUGGAAUACAAUCUCAAGUGUAGACUUCAUAGGGAAUGAAUCAAAUCAAAAUGAAUUAACUGGGUUACAUAUACAACUGGCAGAGAGUAGUAAAGACAUGGACACUGAUUCAGUGGUUAUGAACACCUUAGCUACAAAUCCAGAAACAUGUUUGUGCUGUGGGACAGAUUGAAGGCACACAUCCUACUAAUGAUGAUGAAGGGGGAAAUAUAGAUGUACCAAAAUUAUUCCCAGAAGAAAAUAAAAUAGAGGGACAGAUUCCUAUCUCUACACAGUCAAAUGAGAAUAUAGAUAAAAAUAAACCUCAGACUAGUGGUAGAGUAGGAUCUAUGAUUAUUAACAGUAUAGCAGAUCUGCAAGAAGAAACUAACCCCAUACCAUCAAGCUUACCAAUUCAAAAUGAAAUUCUAAAGCUUAAUAAUAAUAAACAACCAGAAGCUGGUGACAUAGGCUUAGAUCAAAAUGCAAAGCCAGAGUUACCAACAUCUGACAAAAGUUUACAUGGCAUUGAGAAAAAUCCAAAGAACAUAAUGAUUGGAUUCAGUGAGUCAGAUUCAGAUACUGAAUCAGAAGGAAUACCAGAAGGCAUGAUAAUAAUGAAUGAAGAUGAUUUAGAACAAAUGCCUUAUCAAUUUUAUAAGCUUUAUGAAGAGGUAGACAGAUGAAGAAGGGGAUGUGUGGGACACAAGUGAGAAGAUUGAGUACCUGGAACCAGUGCAAACUAAAUCUUACCAAGACUAUGAUGAGGAGUUAUUCUUUGGGCACAGAACAAGUUGCAUACUAUUAGAAGAAAUUUAUGCAAGCUUAGGGGUUGAUAAUGAAGAUGAUUUUAUAGAGAUGUUGAAUUACAUGGCUUAUACAGAUACAGAUUUUGAAUGGGAAGGAGAAUAUUAAGGAACAUAUUAAAGAAUUGGAGGAGAGAUAAAUACACAAUUUCACUUCUAUUCUGACUUCAAACACAUGACAAGUACCAUUCAUGCUGUACCAGUGAAACCGAGAUUUGUUGGAGUUCCAUAGGAGUUCCAUAGUUCCAUAUUACAAAGAACCUUAUGUUAAUGAAGAUUAGUCUUGGGGUAGCAUAGAAAAUAAGUUAUUCCAGCAAAAGAAGAACAAGUAAUUCAACGACAAGAAUGCUCCUAACCUUUGUGAUAAAGAAAUGAGAGAGAAGUUUUGCAGGACUUGUGAACCAAGAUGCAAAACCCAUGAUUGCAAUGGAAUGUCCCCAGGAGGGGCAGUUGGGGGUUUGCUGGCCACACUCUGAGAGGAGAAACUGGGCUGGUGGUCUUUGUCUCUGACUGGGGGUCACACACUCUUUUUCCCUUCAGGUUCUUGCUGGUCACACUUGGGGGAGGAGAAACUUGGCUUUUGGACUUUGUCUCUCUGGCUUUGAGCAGUUGGAGUUGACCAGGGGGCUUUUUGGUCUCUUGGGUUUCUGACUGGGGGACACACAUUUGCUCUCUGGAGUUUGAAGUUGGCUGAGAGACUUUUGUGAAGCUGACUUGGCUUUUGGACUCUGGUGGGGCUGACUUGGUUACUUGAAGUUCUCUGACUUUGGGCAGUUGAAAAUGACAAGAAGGAGAAAUCUAACUGAAGAAGAAGAAAGAUCUUGAAAAGCCAUUGUCCUCCAUCUCCCUGUCUCAGAGUCACAGUAUGUGACCGGACUACUUUCUCAAUUUUACCUCAAUUAGACUAGGGACUUCCUUAUCCCCCUUACCUCAGUUUCCCAUCCUGUUAUCCCAAUAAACCCCUUACCUGAGAAAGAAACUUAAGAGUAUUUUAUAACUCACUCAGGGGGGAGGGAAAAUUGGGAGGAGAAGGGUGGCAGUUGGAGCAGGGAGGAGGGAGUUAUAGAUCAGCCAUCGUUAGGGAUUAAUAGGCAGAUUCCCCAGAGUAGUCCCCUGUAUACCAGCAUCCCUGUGUGUGGCAGCAUCCCCCCAGCAGCAUUUCUCUGUCCUCCAUUACCAAUAAGCAUCCUCAGGUUCCCUCAGCAGUUUUAGGUUCCUGUAGCAGCCUCUCUAGAUACAGCCAGAUAGAGAACAGCAGCCAUUGCUGCAAUAAUAACUGGUUCCCCCUUAGUUCAUCCUCUCCAGUUCAACAAGUAACUAGUUUCCACUAAGCUUAUUUCUUUAUUACACCUUGUAGCAUAAAACUUCCAACUUCAUAACUAGCACAGACACAAACAUCUAGAAUGCUAGAGAAGCAUAGAUUCACAUUGGUUGAAUUUGUUAUAUUGGACUUUAACAUCAAGUUGUAGUUGAGAACUGGAAAAAAAAAGUUACACAUAUUUUUCAACCUUCACCCUUAAAACAUUCUCUACCAAGAGAAGGAUGAGAGAGGGUACACCAUGAAGAUAAUACUUCAGAGUUUCAGAUACCUCACUAGACACAACAAUGUGAUCAUGUCAUCAGUGAAGAUACAUACAAAUGACUUCAGAAAAAAGAAGAAAAAAAGUCCUAGUCAUGAGCAGCAACACAAGUAGCCCAAGAAAAAAUCAAAAACAGUCCUUGUGAAUGAAAGUCUAAUGAUAACAGGAAAGCAUCCCUGAAGUAUAUAGUACAGUUCCAGUAAGAAAUGCAGCCAAUAACACAGAAAUAAAAACUAUGCCUUUAAAGACUAGCAGCCAUAGGAAAAAAGUCUUUAUAUAAUUUUUAUACAAAGUCUCUGCCAGACACAGUAACUGAACAGAAAGAAACAAUGUUAUUGCAAAUGAAUGCAUAAUUUUCUAAAUUUUAUCUCUAAGAAAUAAGUAGAGUAACCAUAUAAUGAAUCUCCUUGUAAAGAGUCACAUAGAAAAAGACUAGAAACAAUGUCAAAUCACUAUUCUUAACAAAAUCUUGAGAACUUAUGCAUAUUGUUCACACCCACUCAUGAAAUACACAUGUACAGCUUACUUGCAUUCACGAAGAUGUACAUAUGCAAAUCUUACCCUCAUGCAUGAAGAGAACACAUGUAAAUCUUACUUUCAGACAUGAAGAAUGAUAAGUUCUGACAAACAUUCACAAAGAUUCCAUCUAACUUCCAUGCAUUUGUAAAUUUCACUCUCACAUACAUGCACAUGUAAAAACCUGACUUGCAUACAUGUUCAUGUGUUCUGGGUUCCUGAUUAUUCCAGUGGAUCCUGAUUUGAAGAACACAUCUUCAAUCAAGACUGGAAGAGAAGACUGGCAUGCUGACCAGACAGACAGACCAGAGAGGAAGACAAGAGUUCUACAAGCAGCAUAAAAGGACAUAGAAAGACUUUGUAACUUAUGAUCAUGAAGAUAUGUAAGAGUGUAUCAGACGUGUUAACAUCAUAUAUGCAUACACAUGCUACAUGGAAUUACACUUUAGGAAGAUAUCUCAUGGAAUGAGUAAGUAUACAACAUGCAUGGUUACAUGACAGGGGUAUAUGGGGUGCUCAGGGAGGGGUAGUAUCUCUGGUAUGGAGGGCUUGUCGUGCCCUCUUAGGGCAGCUUUCCAGCCUCUGACCCCCACCUGACACCCAGCUCUCACUUGUGGCUCCCAGUAGCUGCUAGCAUGCGGCAGCGGCCACACCCCGGGCAAUGGCUUCGACAGGCCGGCUAAACCUUGUGAGGGUAGCCAUCGGGUCGUUGACCCCUGGUGAACCAGGGCUUUGCUCACCCAGCAUGUGGAGACUGCUUCGGCUGAACAGACGGAAGAAACCAACAAGAAGGUUCAACGGCUGAGAUGGCGAUGCAGCAAAGCACUGUGGAGUGCUUAGGGCAUGUUGGAGCACAAAAGACAACACGGCCAUCCAAUGCAGCUGAGGAAGUCUCCAGGUGUAACGACUUUUCGUGCCACUGGACCCAGGCUUCCAACGCCGAGAGAGUGGGACUGUCUCUGUGCAUUGACUUUUCCACUUAAAUCUCCUUCACGCACUAGUAUCUUUGUGCACACUCAUCUAUCCUAACCCCGUCCACCCUCUUCAAGACCUGCAGCGAUGGGGGAGUGGCAACGCAACAGGUGGAGGUGACCACUGGCAGUUGUAGUCACGAUCCUGCAUGUAGGCGGUCCAUGGACCAGUGGUCGCUCGGCCCUGUAGGGCAGCAGGGACGUUUGGCAGCAUCCUGGGCAACUGAGCAGCCCUCUCUAGGACAGCACUGCUCACUCUAAUCAAGGGAGGGGACUAGAAAAGGAGUCCCAAAUAUUGCCUGCCCUACAAACACCCGGUCAGCACACCGCGGCUGGCAGGUCAUCCCUUUAAGCGGUCGAAAUCAAAAGAAACAAAAUACAAAGAAACUCCUACCAGGAGCAUGGAACAUCAGGACAUUACUUGACAGAGAGAAUACCCCAAGACCUGAGAGAAGAACAGCUCUAAUCGGUAAAGAACUGGCACGAUAUAACAUCGACAUCACAGCCCUAAGAGAAACACGCUUACCAGAAGAGGGAUCACUCAGCGAACCCACCACUGGAUACACCUUCUUCUGGAAAGGUAGAGCCACAAGUGAAGACAGAACCCACAGUGUUGGCCUGGCCAUCAAGACCAACUUGCUCAAAUAGAUGCCAGACUUGCCUGUGGGCAUCAGCAAGAGGCUCAUGAAGAUCCAUUUACCUCUCAGCAAAGACUGGUAUGCCACAAUCAUCAGUGCAUAUAUCCCAACACUGACCAGCACAGAGGAGACCAUCGAGCAGUUCUACGCUGACCUGAGUGCCGUCCUGCACUCAGUGCCCACAAAUGACAAGCUGUUACUACUGAGAGACUCCAAUGUCCGUGUUGGCCAGGACCAUGAAAGAUGGAAAGGAGUGCUCAGCAAACACGGCGUGGGCAAAAUGAAUAACAACGGCCUACUGCCACUCAGCAAAUGCUCAGAGUUCGAACUCACCAUCACGAACACUGUGUUCAGAAUGGCAAACAAAUAUAAAACAACAUGGAUGCACCCACGAUCAAAACAGUGGCAUCUCAUUGACUACAUCAUUGUACGCCGGCGAGACAUCCAGGAUAUACAGAUCACCAGAGCCAUGAGAGGAGCUGAAUGCUGGACAGACCACCGAUUGGUUAGAGCGACUCUUCAAAUGCGCAUUGCACCUCGCCAUCCAAAAUGCACCCAGGCAGUUCGCGCAUUUUACAACGUGAGUCAUCUUAGAGAUCCAUCUUAUUUGCAAACAUUCCAGUCCUGCCUGGACGACAAGCUGUCUGCCAAGGGACCACUCACUGGAAGCUCAACCGAGAAAUGGAACCAGUUCAGAGACGCAGUGAAGGAAACAUCAAAGGCAGUCCUAGGCCCCAAACAACGCAACCACCAGGACUGGUUUGACGAGAACAACACUGCUAUUGAAGACCUAUUGAGCAAAAAGAACAAAGCCUUUAUGGAGUGGCAAAAUAACCCAAACUCUGCUCCUAAAAAGGACAGAUUCAAGUCUCUCCAAGCCACGGCGCAGUGUGAGAUCAGGAAGAUGCAAGACCGAUGGUGGGAAAAAAAAGGCAGAAGAAAUCCAGCGUUUUGCUGAUACAAAAAACUACAAACAAUUUUUCAGUGCCCUCAAGACUGUCUAUGGGCCAUUAAAACCCACCACCACUCCCUUGCUAUCCUCUGAUGGUGACACUCUCAUAAAAGAUAAAAAAGGCAUCAGCAACAGGUGGAAAGAACACUUCAGUCAGCUUCUCAACCAACCCUCUUCAGUCGACCAAAGCGCCCUUGACCAGAUCCCCCAAAACCACACCAUUGAACAACUUGACGUCCCUCCAUCAAUAGAGGAAGUCCAAAAAGCCAUUAAACAAAUGAGUGCAGGCAAGGCACCUGGUAAAGAUGGGAUCCCAACAAAGGUGUACAAGGCCUUAAAUGGAAAGGCACUCCAGGCAUUCCACAUAGUGCUGACCAGCAUAUGAGAAGAGGAAGACAUGCCCCCAGAACUCAGAGAUGCCUCCAUCAUAGCUCUAAACAAGAACAAAAGCGCAUGAGCAGCCUGUGACAACUACAGAGGCAUCUCACUACUCUCCACUGCUGGAAAGAUCCUCGCCCGUGUUAUACUCAACAGACUCCUGUAAUCUGUUUCAGAGCAGAACCUGCCUGAAUCCCAAUGUGGCUUCCGACCAGAUCGCAGCACUAUCGACAUGGUCUUCACAGUGAGGCAAAUGCAGGAAAAAUGCCUUGAGCAGAACCUGAGUCUCUACAUUGUCUUCAUAGAUCUGACAAAGGCGUUCGACACAGUGAACAGGGACGCAUUGUGGGUGAUCCUCAGCAAGCUCGGUUGCCCGCAAAAUUCGUCAAACUGAUCCAGCUCUUUCAUGUCAACAUGACAGGGGAAGUCCUAUCUGGUGGAGAGACUUCUGAUUGCUUCAACAUCUCCAAUGGCAUGAAACAAGGCUGUGUCCUCGCUCUGGUACUAUUCAACCUAUACUUCACCCAAGUAUUACGACAUGCUGUGAUGGAUCUAGACCUGGGCCUUGUGAGAUUUAAAAUGGUUGAGGUCUUAAACUGUAGUGAUUAAAAUAGUGGAAGAUAUAAAUUGUGAUAGAUAUCAGAGAGGGUGAGUAAAUUUGACCUCAGAAAAUAUGUUUCACUACAGUGUCUUGGUUUUAAAUCAAAUAUAAGGUGGUCGCCAGGGAAAUAUUCCCAAUUAUUCAAAUACCCAAGUCAACUGGGUUUUAUAGAGAUUUUUAAUUAAUAAUAUAAUGAGGAAUUAGAGAAAGAGAGAAAGAAUAGGAAAGGAAUAAUUAUGAAGGGCCUCAAGCCAAUAUGGCCUAGACCUGAGUCUUAAGAGAGAGAAUCAGUCAGUCAGUCUUUUAACACUCACCACAAGGUCUGCCUAAACAAGGAUUCUAGUGACACCAGGCCAGCUCCAUUUCAGCUGACUUCACAAGAGAGCCUUCCGGCCAGAGACUGUUCCAAAGGGCCUUUCUCCAGAGCCUCUCUCAAGAGAUUCUUCCCAAGCGAUCCUCAUCAGAGAUCCUCCAAAAGGAUUUCUCCAAAAGGAUAUCUCUCAAGAGAUUCUGCUUUUUCUUAUAUAGGGGUUUUUCUCCCAUGUCACCUCCCCUAAGUCCCUACAUCUACCAAUCACUGUAGACGCUUUCCAAAGGACUGCCCAUCUAAAUUCCUGCUAAGUCGACCAAUCUCCUCAGUAAGUCUGAAUCAGAAAAAAUGCUGCUGUGUAGACCAAAUCUCCUCAGUAAGUCUGAAGGAGAGAAAACACAGCUGAGUCAACUAAUCUCAUCAAGAGAAAACUUGCCUGACCCUUUUAGGUACCUAGCAUCCCAUUGUAUCAAUUCUAAAAACAGGUUUGGCUCAAAGAACUCCUUGCCCCACCAUAAGCAUGGAUCCAAGUACAUUCUUUGUUUAGCAAGGAGUUUUUUUCCCCUAAAGCAGUCUUAAGUACGGUUGGAGUAGAGGUCCUCCCAUUUCUGAUCCUGGCAAGUUCUCACAUCAAAAUGGGGAAUGUUUCUCAGUAGGGAAUUUGUUCCAAUUAAGAAUUCCCUGGGGACUUCCGGUUAAGAUGGCGGCUUAGAGAAAGCUAAAGUUCAGAUCUCCGGAAAACCCUUCCCGACCGAUCUCAAACUAUAAGCUCCUAAGGCGCCGAAAUUCAAAACGAUCAACAGCACAGACCCUGGGAACCCUCCUCCUGGACCUGGACCCGGAUCAAAAGGUACAGCCCCCCUCAAAAGCCAGAACCCGAGAUCACUCAGACCUAAGGGGUAGGAGCGCAGAGUCCAAGGCUCCGGGAAGCCGCAGCCCCGCCCGGCUCAGAGAGCAGGGUCCUCAGAACAACAACCCUCAGGGCCUUCUAUCUGAGUCCCAGUGAAAGUCAUUGCCCUCGGAGCUCCCACCACAGAGAGCAGGCUUGUCUGAAACAACAGCAACCCUCAGGGCGGGCAAGACAGCCUCACGGGCUGGAUCCUGCUAUCCAAGUCUCAGUGAAAGUCCCUGCCCUCGGAGCUUGGGGAAGCUGCAGCCCAUCCCCCCGCAGGCCGAGGAAACAGCCUCACGGCCAGUGAUUCUGAAGGCAACUUCCAGAAAGCAAUGUGGUCCGACCCUUCCAUUCCAGUUCCAGUGAGGCAUAUUCAGUUUAACCCAGGGAAAGCUCAUAGAACCGACAAUCUGCCCAGGACUAAAGUCUCUGAACACCAGACAGAGAUAAGAAAAGCUAAUCCUCCACAUUCAGAGAUGGCAAACUCCACAGAAGCCCCAAAAUACCAAGAAAAAUAAGAAGAAAGGGGCAACUUUGGACACAUUCUAUGGAGCCAAAAUACAAAAUACAGAGCAGAUAGAAGAAGAUAUACAAGAAAAUGCUCCAAAAUCUUCCAAAGGAAAUGGAAACUCUCCACAAACCCAUGAAGAAUUUGAAUCAGAAAUGACAAAAAGAUGGAAGCCUUCUGGGAGGAAAAGUGGGAAAUAAUGCAAAAGAAAUUCACGCAUCUACAAAACCAGUUUGACCAAACUGUAAAAGAAAACCAGGCUUUAAAGCAAGAACUAAUAAAGCAAAGCCAAAACACCAAGAAAUUAGAAGAGAACAUAAAAUAUCUCACCGACAAGGUGAUAGAUCUGGAAAAUAGAGGGAGAAGAGAUAAUUUAAGAAUAAUUGGACUCCCAGAAAAGCCAGAAAUAAACACCAAACUGGACAUGGUGAUACAAGAUAUAAUCAAAGAAAAUUGCCCAGAGAUUCUAGAACAAGGGGGCAAUAUAGCCACUGACAGAGCUCACAGAACACCUUCUACACUAAACCCCCAAAAGACAACUCCCAGGAAUGUAAUUGCCAAAUUCCAAAGCUCUCAAACAAAAGAAAAAAUCCUACAGGAAGCCAGAAAAAGACAAUUUAGAUAUAAAGGAAUGCCAAUCAGGGUCACACAAGACCUUGCAAGUUCUACUCUGAAUGAUCGUAAGGCAUGGAACAUGAUCUUCAGAAAGGCAGGAGAGCUGGGUCUCCAACCAAGAAUCAGCUACCCAGCAAAACUGACUAUAUACUUCCAAUUAAGAAUUCCCCGAUGGGGAAAUUUUUAACAUUCACAAGUCUGAGAGAUUUCAAGAUUUAGAGCGUCUACAUCAAAUACUGACUGGAUGGCUCACUAUUCGACCUUCGCUGCCUGACUGCAAAAACGAAAACAGAGAGACUGAUCCUGGAAACUCUCUUUGCAGAUGACUGUGCUCUCAUGGCCCACCAAGAAAAUCAUCUUCAAACCAUUGUGAACAGGUUCUCCACCGCAACAAAACUGUUUGGCCUGACUAUCAGCCUCAGCAAAAAAAAAAAAAAAGGUGGUGUUCCAACCUACACCAGGGAGGUCAACUAAUCCACGGCACGCAGCUUUCUAAUGUCAACCCUUUCAAGUACCUGGGCAGCACCAUUGCCAAUGACGGGUCCCUAGACCAUGAGAUUAAUGCCAGGAUCCAAAAGGCCAGCCAGGCACUCGGGCGGCUGCGCUCCAAAGUCCUCCAACACAGAGGUGUAAGCACUGCGACGAAGCUCAAAGUGUCUAACGCAGUGGUCCUCAGCUCGCUCCUGUACGGUUGCGAGACAUGGACACUGUACCGGAAGCACAUGAAGCAGUUGGAGCAAUGCGCUCCCUCCGGUCAAUCAUGAGGAUCCGAUGGCAGGACUGAAUCACCAAUCAGGAAGUCCUCGACAGAGCCAACUCCACCAGCAUCGAAGUCAUGGUCCUCAAAACCCAGCUAUGAUGGUCUGGACAUGUCAUCCGCAUGGACCCACAGCAAAUACCAAAACAGGUAUUCUAUGGUGAACUGUCAGCUGGACUCAGGAAACAAGGUCGACCAAAGAAAAGAUUCAAGGAUCAGCUAAAGUCCAACUCGAAGUGGGCUGGCAUUACACCAAAGCAACUAGAACUCGCUGCCUCUGACAGAACCAGCUGGCGAACCCACAUUAACACCACCUUUGAAGAUGAACGACGUCGACGUCUUGCUGCUGCGCAUGAACUCCGACACGAGGCUACAACUGCACCUCCUGUAACAAUUGGCGUCCCAUGCCCCAUGUGCCACAAACUCUGCACCUCAGUCUUUGGACUUCAAAGCCACAUGAGGGUACAUCAAUAGAUGAUAAUGCACAAAGACAAUUGUCAUUCUCGGUCACCGAGAGACUACCACUAUACUAUACUAUACUAGUUACAUGACAAAAGACAUUGAUACAAAUUUCUGUGGAAAAUUCAAAGAUGUUUCUUUUCUGCAUGAGUUUGCACAGAAAUCUAGAAUGAUGUACAUAUGUAAAUUUGUAUAGAUCCUGUGUACACAUGUACAUACUAAUUGACUAACAAGCUAACUUUAUUAGAGUAAUUUAUUAAUAUAUUCUAAUGACUAAUAUUAGUGACAGUUUAGCAAAUUUGUUCAUCUUAGGAAAGUAGAGACUGAAGUAUAGAAGUAGAUUGCAUCAUAAUUGUAGGUUAGCAUUUGUUAGUGAUAGGAAAUUUUACUUAGUGAAUUUAUAGAUAAUAGGAAAUAGGACAAUUAUAUAUUCUGAAUGUUAGUGAUAUUGUUGGAAUGAUUUGAAAACUCAUUACAGGAUUUGUUAUGAAAUAACUAUGUCAUGUAAAUCACUUACCUAAACCAUUUUCCUAUACCAUUCUUAGCUUAGCAUCUAGGUAGAUAGAAUAGCUAAGAUAAGUUAGGAUUUUGUUAUUUUGGGGGGGGUAAGAGAAUAUUUAAGAUGGUAUAGAGUUAAGAAUAGAUAGAUAGAGUUACAUUAAAGGUAAGUAUCAUUAAAAAAUGCAAGUGCAUUUUUUUAAAGAAGAAAAGGGGGGAAAUGUGGAAGAGAAUGUGAAGAAAGAAAGGACUUCAUGCUUGCAAAACAAAGCUGGGGACCUGAUCUUCCAAUCAAGGUGAAGAUUCCAAAUGGAAUGUUCCCAGGAAAGUCAGUUGGGGCCUGGACAGAGGAGAGGAAGGGAAAAACUUCUUCUCUGGGAUUACUGACCAAGGGAAAAACUUCUUUUCUGGGGUUUUCUGACCAAGGGAGUGACCUGGGUGGCUCUGACAGAGUGGUGGAGAAGAAGCUGGGAUUUCUAGCUUUGAACUAUUUCUCUUGGUUUUGGAGAGAGACUUCCUUGGCUUCUGGCUGAAGUGGGAAGAAGCUGAGAACUGAUCCCUGUUAGCUUCUGUCCCAGGCUGAAGGACCUUUGGGGGUAAGGGGACCUCUGGAAUUAAUCUGAGAAGAAAUUAACUUUUGGUGGUGGUUUUGUGUAAUUGGAAGAAAGAUUUAACAGUUGAUCUUCAUCUCUAUGACUAUCUCUGAGUCACAGUUGUGACAGGACUGACAUUUUCCAUAAUCUUCCUAAUUCUCCUUAUAGAUUAGGGACACCCCUAUCACUCUCAUCUCAAUUUCCAUCUUGCCUCAUCUUUCCCAAUAAACCUCCUCACCUGAGAAAGAGAACAAGAGUAUCUUCUCUAAAUCUCACAGUUUACCUUUGAGUUAUGUAGAAUGGUGACUAAGAACAGGGGAGGGGAAAGGGAGGCAGAAGGGCAUGGGUGGAAACUGGGAGGUGAAGGGAGGAGGGGGGUUGGAAAUAUCUUGAUCCAUUAGCCAUCAGCAGUGAUCAAUAGGCAACCACAGAGUAAUCCCUUUAGUAGCAUCUCUCUAUAUCUCUAUAGUCACAGUGAAGCCAGAGUAUCCCAGUUAUUGUAACCAGAAAUAGUCUCCACAGAUUAUCUUUUUAAUACAAUGAACUCUUUCUAAUGGUAGAUGUUAGUUCUCUCUCAUGAAGAGUCAUCUUGUAUAUGUCUACAUAUGCAUGUUUUCUCCCGAUAGGAUGCAAGCUCCUUGAGGACAGGGACUUUUACCUUGAUCCUUGUAUCUUCAGUGCUUAGUAAUGGGUGUUUAAUAAAUGCCUGAUUAUUGCUUUUGAGGCUUACAACAAUCCUGUGAAGUUGCUAAUCUACAAGUAGUAUUAUUUUCAUUUUGCAGAUAAGGGCCUAGUUGUCUGCUGGAAUUAGAUCACAGAUCCAGACAGAUGAGGAAUAUAAGGCUCCAAAGGAUUAUAGAACUUGCCCAGAGUUACAGUACUGGAGGAAGUAUACUAACCAAAGUUUUCUUAAGUGCAAAUUCAGUGCUCUUGCUAGCAUAGUAUACACCUAAUACAUGAAAGCAAUAAAUAUUGGAGAGCAUGUGGAAAAACUGGGACACUAAUGUUCUGUUGAAGUUGUAAAGCGAUCAAGUCAUUCUAGAGAGCAAUUUGUAAUGCCCAAAGGGCUAUAAAACUGCAUACCCUUUGAUCCAGUAAUAUAACUACUAAGUCUGUAUCUAAAAGAGAUUUAAAAAAAAAGGUAAACAGACAUAUUUGUGCUAGUAUAUUUAUAGUAAUUCAAUUUUGUGGUGGCAAAAAGUUGUAAAUUAGGGGGAUGUCCAUUAAUUGGGAAUGACUGAACAAGUUACGGUAUAUGAUUGUAAUGGAAUACUAUUGUGUUAUAAGAAAUGGUGAACAAAAAUAUUUGAGAAAAACUUGGAUUUACAUGAACUGAUGCAGAAUGAAGUGAGCAGAACAAGAACAUUGUAUACAUUAACAGCAAUAAAACAUGAUGAACAACUGUGAAUGACUUAGCUACUCUUAGCAACACAAUGAUCCAAGACCCCCAAAAGAUUCAUGAAGAAAAAUGCUCUCCAUCUUCAGAGAAAGAAAUGAUGGAAUCUGAAUACAAAUCAAACCAUACCAUUUUUCCUUUCAUUUUCUUCAUAAAAAUGCAUCUUCUUCCACAACAUGAAUAUGGAAAUGUUUCUGAUAAUGCAUGUAUAACCUAUAUCAAAUUGCUUACCAUAUUAGAGAGUAGGGAGGAGAGGGAGAGAAAUUGGAACUACUAAAAAUUGUUUUUACAUGUAAUUAGGGAAACAAAUUACUGAAGACUUUUAAAAAAAUGUUUGUUUGGAGGGACUUGCCAACAUAUGAGGCUGCUUUAGUUAAGCAACCUUGGCACUGUCUUUGAAUGGCUAUUCUUAAAGGAUCUACCUCCCUGUGGUAUCAGUUCUACUGAAAGGAAAACAAGAUUAGGAAUUCCAGCUCUAAGUAAUCAAAAGCAAUACCCUUGCUUCCUUUAAAUGUUUCCUCAGGUGUAAAAUGGGAAUAACACCUGCACAAUCUACCUCAUAAAGUUAUUGUGAUGAAAAAUAUUUUUCAAAUCACAAUAUAAAUUUGAGUUAUCACUUUAUAUCAUGCUAUGUUAUUUAUACUAUUGCCACAUUAUAUUGGAGAGCCUUUACAUAUAUUAUCUAUUUUUUUCUCAUAAUGGCACUAUUAAGGUAGGGAGUUACAAGGAAUUAUUUUAAAUUCCUAAUUUUAUAUUAAUUACAAAAUGAAAUCUAACUGCCUAAAUGUAUAAAUUCCUUCCCAAGUGUAAGUUCUUCUCUUUAAGCCGAUCUCAUUUUAUUUUACAUCACUUAUAUAGUUUAUUAUAUUUUAAACUAUACUGUUUUCAUGUUUACAUCUUAUUUCCCCUAUUAGACUAAAAAUGACUUGAGGGCAAGAACUUUUGUCUUAAUCAUUUCUGUGUUCCCCUUGAUCUAGUACAGUAGACUGUACAAAGUAGGGCUUAUUUGCUGACUGAAAAAAACCAAUAAGCACAUGAAAGGAAAAAAAAUUUAUUUCAGGACAUAUUUUUCCAUCUUAAGGGAGCUGCAAACAUUUAUCAGGACAAAUAUGCAGAAUACCAGAAGCAGUAAUCUCACCUGACAGCAAGUAAAUAUUUCACAGAAUGGGAGUUAUCACCAUUCAUGUUAACAUUUCCAUCCUGUCCAAAUGUACACAUAAAUGAAUUCCAUAUAAAAGACCUGUGCUAUAAAACUUCCUUAUUCUCAAAUAGAUUUAUUGGCUUGUCUUAGUUAAUAUUUUUAAAUAAAAUGUAAA